UCUUCAUCAGAAGAAGAAGAAGAAGAAGAAGAAGAAGAAGAAGAAGCAAGAUCAUGCGAAAAAUUUCGGAAUGGGUACCCAAGUGAAAGAUGUCAUCAUUAAGCCUGACGCCCCUAACACACUGCUGCUGGACAAACAUGCUGACUACAUCGCUGCCUACGGCUCCAAAAAGGACGACUAUGAAUACACGCUGUCAGAGUACCUGAGGAUGAGUGGUAUCUACUGGGGGCUGACAGUGAUGGACCUGAUGGGCCAGCUGCCCCGGAUGAACCGGCAGGAGAUCAUAGACUUCAUCAAAGCCUGUCAGCACGAGUGUGGAGGCAUCAGCGCCAGCAUCGGACACGACCCCCACCUGCUCUACACCCUCAGCGCCGUCCAGAUCCUGAGCUUGUAUGACAACGUGGAUGCGAUUGAUGUGGACAAAGUGGUGGAAUACAUCAAAGGGCUACAGCAGGAAGACGGCUCAUUUGCAGGGGACAAAUGGGGAGAAAUAGACACAAGAUUUUCCUUCUGUGCAGUAGCUACACUUGCAUUACUGGGCAAGAUGGACACAAUAAAUGUUGACAAAGCUGUAGAGUUCGUCUUGUCCUGUAUGAACUUUGACGGAGGUUUUGGCUGCAGACCUGGUUCAGAGUCUCAUGCUGGUCAGAUUUACUGCUGCACUGGCUUCCUGUCGCUCACCGGUCAGCUGCACCAGGUGAAUGCUGACCUGCUGGGCUGGUGGCUCUGCGAGAGGCAGCUGCCGUCCGGAGGCCUCAAUGGGCGGCCGGAGAAGCUUCCAGAUGUGUGCUACUCGUGGUGGGUUUUGGCGUCGCUGAAAAUCAUCGGCAGGAUCCACUGGAUCGACAAGGCCAAGCUGCGAACGUUUAUUCUGGCCUGUCAAGACGAGGAGACCGGAGGUUUUGCUGAUAGACCAGGAGACAUGGUGGAUCCUUUCCACACUCUGUUCGGAGUUGCAGGUCUGUCCCUCCUCGGAGACGAACAGAUCAAGCCGGUGAAUCCGGUUCUGUGCAUGCCUGAGGACGUCCUUCAGAGGGUGGACGUACAGCCCGACCUCCUCAGCUAGCCCUCUGACACCAACAUCCCACCACACACACUCACACACUCACACAGCUGCCCUGCCGAACACCUUUCAGCCACACCCUGACUACCACGGCUGGAUGCUGGGAGCAGACAGAGGACCACCACACGUCUUAGUGUUAGCUCAAGUCUACACACACAUUUUAGAGGCAGGUUUUGGUCUCCACUCACUAAGGACAAAUACAGUCACUCAGUUCUGACUCGAUUCCUCUGAGCCGUUCUGUCUUUAAACCCUCAACCACUCAUUAUUUUAUCAAGUCACUUGUGUUGGUUUUACUGCAGGAGGCCGGCUCGGGAAGCAGAUAUUUUGAGGUGUAAUCGUUGCUGCUAAAACCCAGAAAUCAUCAAACAACAUUCCUUCAUUUUUGGACUUGCUCGUUGUUUUAGUUUGUCUGAGAAGUCGGUUUCUUGACUCUUUCUUGCUCUCAUCACCAUUUUAGUUGUCAACCAGCCGAGGAAGGUAUUACCGUUCUUAAUUGUUGGACCGAGGAACUGAUCGGCUCUGCUUUUUCAUGUGCGUGUGACUUGACAGAUUUGUGCAUUUGAGCUUGAAACAGAACAGACGUGCAUGAUCAAGUUUGCUCUGUGACUGUCAGUCAUCUGGCUUAAAGACACCACAUUUCUUUGUUUUUCAGUAUUCGUUGGAGGGUAGCAACCGUUUUCAUGCACCGACUGUUUCAAAUAAAACUUGCACAUUUUGUGAAGGGCAAACUAUUCUCAUCCUGUUUACACUCGAGCAGUCGUACCGACACUGUUCUAAUAAGCCUCACAACUGGAGAUGCAAUGCAGGACGAAGCUUGUUUUAUCUGUCACUCCAGUCAGAUAACAUCAGUUUACAGUCCAGACGCGCAGUGUUUUCAGCAGGAAAUGGAGGACGGGGCAGCGUUAUGUGUGUGACUGGAGACAGCCAGAGGUCAAACACAUGGCAGUUGUCUCUUACCAAGUAUAUUUAAUGUCUUCUCCACAGUCUCAGCUGCACUGUUUGUUCAAAUCCAUGUUCCUCAGUCCAGCUUUGUUAUGUGGCUGUGGGCAGACACACUGCAUAAAGACAGAAAAUCUUUUCUCCUCUUGUGUUUUUAUGAUUUUCAAGCAUCUUUUUUUGUUUUCUACUAAUUUGGUUAAAACAUUUUUUUUUUCUUUAAGGAAUAGCUGAUCUUUAUGUUGCUGCACGCUUGUGCUUUCACUGAAAACACAUUUAAUCUGUUUGAGAACUGUCCAGUGUUCCAGGACGUAAAUGAGUCAUAUGUUUAAUCUGUCGGCUGUACCCAAUUAAAGUGACUGAUAACUGAUAAAUGUAUUAACUGACAAUGUUAUGCAAAAUUAAUGCAAAGUCAUUAGUUAAGCAAAAGCUGAUGUUGUGGUCGUAGGGUUUAAAUCGCAGUUCUCAAGGAAUCGUGCUGCUUAAGGAUGUGUUAGAUCUUAAAAGCAACUCGGACCCGUUGCUGAGUCCUGAACAACUUGUUAAACUACAAGGUGUCAUCUUUGUGUUGUGGGAGCAGCUCUAACCCAAACAGCUGCUUACUGUUGCACAACUGUAUGUGUGUAUAUACUAAUGUAACUUAUUUGUUAUUAUGGUUGGCAAUAAAUGUUUCCCUUCAACUGCGA